AUGAUUUUCCUAAGCUAUGAGAAACUAAAGACAGUCCUUGAUAAUAAAUGCCUUCCAGCCACUCAAGCUGAGGCUAGAAAGAGUUGGGAGGAGUUUGGUGAGAUUGCUCAUUGCUAUAUGCUGGAAAGCAUGACUAGCACCCUUUAUAAGAAACUAAAGAGCUGUAAGAUUGCCAAAGAGAUUCUAGACAAACUAGAAGACAUGUUCGGAGGCCAAACUGCCUUGGCUCAACAGUUGGCUAUUACUAGUGUGAUGAAUGCCCAGCAAAAGCCUAACAUUUCAAUCAAAGACCAUAUGAAUACUCUUGUGGGAUAA